UCAACCAGGCAAAAUAUAGUCUCACACCAAGAAUUUCGCCAUUAGUGAGAUAUGAUUCUUGCACCCUCUUGAUUCUUUCACCAUUAAUGAGAUAUGGCCUUAUGCAGUCCACAGCUACACAAGUUUUUGCUGAAUAAAAUCUGCGGCAACUAUGGUUCCGACCAGACUUCCAAGAGGAGUAACAUCUUAGUAAAGGGCGGAGAGGGAAGAAUACUCUGCUCCGCCAUCGCAAUAGACGCGCCUUCUUCGAUUGCAAGCGUGCCGGGGAUCAGAUGGGGGUCGGCUCAGCUCAAGGGAGCCCGCAAAGAGAUGGAGGAUGAUGCCGUCAUUGUUCAGUCUGAUGAGCUUGAUGGAUUCUCCUAUGCUGCAGUUUUUGAUGGCCAUGCCGGAUUCUCUUCUGUUCAAUUCCUCAAGGAAGAAUUGUACAAAGAAUGUUAUGCUGCAUUACAAGGCAAAAAGAGACUGUUAAGUGGGAAGGAUUUCAAAGCGAUCAAGAAGGCACUAGAAGACGCUUUUGAAAGUGCGGAUGCCAAACUCUUGAAAUGGCUUGAGAAGAGGGGAGAAGAAGACGAGUCUGGUGCCACAGCGACUGUUGUCUUUCUUCGCGAUGAUGUGCUGUUUGUUUCUCAUGUUGGUGACUCAUGCUUGGCUCUAUCACGAUCGGGAAAAACAGAAGUCUUGACCGAUUCUCAUAGGCCCUACGGGACCAAGCCAGUCCCACUGCAAGAAAUCAGGAGAAUCAGAGAGGCCGGUGGUUGGAUUGUCAAUGGAAGGAUUUGUGGAGACAUCUCUGUAUCCCGUGCCUUUGGUGACAUACGGUUCAAGACCAAGAAAUACGAGAUGCUGAGGAAGGGAGUCGAGGAAGGACGAUGGACUGAAAAAUUUGCUUCACGCAUACAAUUUACUGGGGACUUAGUUACCGCUUCUCCUGAUGUUUUCGAGACAGCUCUUGGACCGGAUGCUGAGUUUGUAGUAUUGGCAUCUGACGGCUUGUGGGAUUACAUGAACAGCUCGGAUGUAAUAAAUUUCAUCAGAAAUCAGCUUUACAAACACGGAGAUGUUCAGAUGGCUUCUGAGGCUCUUGCACAAGUGGCUCUGGACGGAGGCUCACAAGAUAACAUCACCAUUAUCAUUGCUGAUCUGAGGCGAACAGACUGGCAGAAGCUAAAUCUUGGGGUACAGAAACCCAACAUUGCGUUGGAAUUGGUUCAAGCUGUAGCUACUAUCACUUUCGUUUCGCUUGGUAUAUGGAUCUCAACUCAACUUUGAUCUCGUGAUCAACACGAGAUGCAACGACCAUGUGUACAUAGAUGCUAUGACAAGUGAAAUAUUACAACUGCUAGUUUACCUCACCAUGGUGCUGUGUAGAAAUCAGGCCUCAUUUAUCUGAGCAGCAAUCAAGAAAAUUGAACAGUCCAAUAUAGUUCUCCAAUCAUCAGCAUCUCUUCCAAUCUUGUGUCACCAAGAAUUUGGAGGUGGAUUUGUUUUACAAGAUUCA